AUGGAUAUACCCGACCCAAGCAACUGGUGGAGCGGGGGGAAACCCUUGAGGAAAGAACGGCGGCAGCAGCCUCGCGCGGGGGGCAACAUAACAGCGCUCACCCGCGAGCUCUCAACGGCGGAGGAGGGGCAGUGCGAGACCGAGGGCACGAGCGAGACGAUAGCACCCUCCUCGCUCUCAGAGUUGGAGGGCUGCGAGCGCGUGUCCAUCAAUGUGUCCGGCAUGCACUUCGAGACGCAGCGCAAGACGCUCGCGCGUUUCCCUGCCACGCUCCUGGGCGACGCGCGCAAACGCAUGCGCUUCUUUGACGAGAGCCGCGGCGAGUACUUCUUCGACAGGAACCGCGCGAGCUUCGACGCAAUUCUCCACUACUACCAGUCCGGGGGGCGCCUGCGCAGACCCGGUAACGUGCCGGUGGACAUCUUCCUCGAGGAGAUCAAGUUCUACGAGAUCGGAGAGGACGUGGUGGAGGGCUUCCUCGAGGACGAGGGUCUCACGCGCGAGGAAGAGCGGCCAAUGCCCUCGAGCGCGUUCCAGCAGCAGCUCUGGCUGCUCUUCGAGUUCCCCGACAGCUCGAGCGCGGCGCGCGUCAUCGCCGUGGUCUCGGUCAUGGUCAUCCUCAUCUCCAUCGCCGUCUUCUGCCUGGAGACGCUGCCGGAGUUCCGACAGGAGACCGACGUGCACACCAACGACCACCUCGCCUCCAACGCCACCCACCAUGGCGGCCAGGAACCCCCACUGUGGUACAUGGAUCCGUUCUUCAUGCUUGAGUCGCUGUGCAUCGCGUGGUUUUCCUUCGAGCUGCUCGCGCGCUUCUUUGCGUGCCCAAGCAAGACUGCUUUCUAUAAAGACAUCAUGAACACCAUCGACUUGGUGGCCAUCGCGCCCUACUUCGUGGUGCUCGCCCUCGAGCUCACCGACCAGGGGGGGAACGCGCAACAGGCCACGCCUCUGGCCGUACUGCGCGUAGUGCGUCUCGUUCGCGUCUUUCGCAUCUUCAAACUCUCGCGCCACUCCAAGGGUCUGCAGAUCCUGGGGCGCACGCUGCAUGCCAGCAUGCGCGAGCUGGGUCUGCUCAUCUUCUUCCUUCUGCUGGGGGUCGUGCUCUUCUCGAGCGCAGCCUUCUUCGCCGAGGCCGACGACCCCGAAUCCAGCUUCACCAGCAUCCCCGCGUCCUUCUGGUGGGCCUUGGUGACUAUGACCACCGUGGGCUACGGAGACAUGAGCCCCGUUACUAUCGGAGGCAAGAUCGUGGGGUCAAUGUGCGCCGUGGCCGGUGUGUUGACCAUUGCCCUGCCCGUGCCGGUCAUAGUGGCCAACUUUAACUACUUCUACCACCGGGAGCACGACGAGGAAGAUCGUACUCAGUAUACCCACGUGACCUGUGGUCAACCGGUGACACCUGUGUUAGGUGAGAACUGUAAAGAUGGCAGUAAAUUAUCUCUCAUUAAGUCAGACUGUUCGGAUGAGGAAGAGUUGACUCCGUCCGCGUACUGCAACUUUCAUCUGGAGGAAUACACGGGCAAGCUGACGGAUGUUUGACAAUUAAAUGAGCACAAAUGAUCAUGGAGCUCAAAAGAAGACAAUACUAUCACCAGCUGCAAAUGAAUAUUGAUUUCAAGCUUUUCCUAAGAAACAGUAUUCCUCUUAGGAUAACUUAUACUCAGGACUGUUAAUAGCUACUCAUGUAAACACUGCACUUGUAAACGAAUAUACAUUGUAUUUUACUGUAUUUACGGUCAUAAUGAUAGUGAAACCACGAAUAUGAAACCUGUUAUAGAUUUCGUUAUUUUAUCAGGAAGUAAUUCAAAAGCCAGUAUUAUCAGAAUUGUUCUGAUACAAAACACUGAAAAGCUCUUGGUGUCUGUGAAAAAGACGUGAUCCAGGGUGUGAAAAAAGAAACUUAAGGCCUGUACACUUCCUGCCUUUGCAGGCCAAAUCCAAAGAAUGGGAGAGAAUAUGCUAUUUUUACAUGCUCUCUCCAACUUACAAGCUUACAGCUAAAGCAGCCUUAUUUUCUAAUGUUUGACUAAACUAUGUAUUGUGUAAACUUAUUUUUGAUAAAUAAAUAUUUUGCCAUUUUCAUAUCUAACCUUUCAGCUGUUUAAUCAUUGAUCAUAUGGGCCCAACUAGCUGGGAUCUGAAACUUACGUUAAAAGCUACACCAUUACAAUAGUAAAAGUUUAAAGAUCAGUGUUGGAAUAUGCCAUGCAUUUUUUUGCAAUACACCCACUUAAAUUCAGCAAAAAACUUGUUAA